AUGGAGCGUCAUCAGCAAACCGUCAGCGUGAUUGCCUUCCAUGUUGGGACUUACUUCAAAGACAAGACGGCAUAUCGAAUCUUCCAUGGCUCCUCGAACAGCACCCGGCCGCGUCCGACAGGUAAUGUCAUUGACAUCAGUAUUCUGAACAAGGUUAUCGAAGUCAACCCAGGGAAGCGCACGGUGCUGGUCGAGCCCAACGUCCCCAUGGACCGACUCGUCGAGGCUACGCUCGCGCAUGGCCUUAUCCCGCCGGUUGUCAUGGAGUUCCCCGGCAUCACUGCGGGUGGAGGGUACUCGGGAAGUUCAGGCGAAAGCAGUUCUUUUCGUCAGGGCUUUUUCAACGACACCAUCAAUUACGUUGAGAUGAUUCUUGGUAACGGCGAGAUUGUCAUGGUUUCCCCCACCGAGCACGACGAGCUCUUCUACGGCGCUGCUGGAGCCGCUGGCACCCUGGGCAUCACGACAUUGAUGGAGGUACGGCUUAUUGAGGCGAAACCCUUUGUCAAGACGACAUACUAUCGCACGACCACCAUCAGCGAGUCGGUCUCGCUGACACAGCGCAAGGCUCAAGAACAGACAACAGACUACUUGGAUGGAAUUCUGUUCUCCAAGAAUCACGGCGUCAUUGUCACGGGCGAAAUGACAAACCAGCUGCCCGAUAAUUGUAUGCUGCGAACUUUCAGCAAAGCCGACGACCCGUGGUUCUACAUGCACGUAGAAGAGAGGACGAAGGGGCUAGCCUCCGGGUGUGUUUGCGUUGAGUAUAUUCCUAUCGGGGAGUAUCUCUUCCGCUAUGAUCGUGCUGGAUUUUGGGUUGGCAGGCAGGGCUAUACUUACUUCAAGUAUAUCCCCUUCAACGCCUUUUUCAGGUGGCUGCUGGACGACUUCUCCCAUACACGAACUCUGUACCACGCACUGCACGCAAGUGGUGUCUCCAACCAAUUCAUGGUCCAAGAUUUAGCUCUGCCCUACGACACGGCGGAGCAAUUCAUAAAUCAUGUGGACAAUGAACUUUGCAUCUGGCCGCUUUGGCUGUGUCCCCUCCGCGGCGCUUCUACACCGACGUUCCACCCAGUCACAGGGAUCGAAUCUACCCCAAAAGAUGGCGGCAGCGUCGUGUCUCAGGCGAUGCUGAAUAUCGGCGUAUGGGGUUGGGGGCCGCUUGAGUACGAGGAGUUUGUGGCCAAGAACAGGCAGCUGGAAGCCAAGCUUGUCGAGCUCGGGGGCCGAAAGUGGCUGUACGCGCACACAUACUACUCAGAGGAUGAAUUCUGGCAGGUGUACAACCAGCCGUGGUACCAGGCGCUUCGAAGCAAGUACCACGCCUCGACGCUGCCCUCGGUGUUCGACAAGGUGCGCAUCGAUGUGAACAAGGAGCGUCGGCAGCGCAAGGAAUGGGCUUCGGCUUGGUCGCGGACGUGGCCGUUGGGAGGGCUGUACGGCAUGUGGCUGGCCCUGAGGUCGGGUGAUAUUGGCCUGGCCCGUCGUUCACAGUGGAAGUAUGUCGCAUAA